CCCCACUCCCGUUCCUGAACCCUCUGAAAGCACUAGCUGAAGGACCACUAUGCAAACAUCAUCUUAUGCUGUGGAGUGCUUUGAUGAAUGCUGUUAUUUCGUUGCAAUGUGAACCUCCCUAACGUUGUAAAAAGGAGUUAGAGAGGUUGAAACAUAAAAAACAAACAGACGAAGACCGUUUGGAUUCAACUGUUAUCACCGCUGGAAAUCUACAAAGAUGCCUGAGGUUCGGGAUCUUUCUGAAGCUUUGCCAGAGAUGCCAAUGGAUCCAAUUACAGGGGUCGGCGUAGUGGCCUCCAGGAACAGGGCACCCAGUGGAUAUGAUGUGGUCUCAACAACAACAGAUGGCCUGGAUGCUGACCUAUGGAAAGAUGGCCUAUUUAAAUCCAAGGUGACCCGCUACCUCUGUUUUACCAGGGUCUUCUCUAAAGAAAAUAGCCAUUUAGGCAACGUUCUUGUGGACAUGAAGCUUAUAGAUAUAAAGGACACUCUGCCUGUGGGUUUCAUCCCGAUCCAGGAGACAGUUGACACUCAGGAACAGGCUUUCAGGAAGAGGCGUCUCUGCAUCAAGUUUAUUCCGCGGGACUCCACAGAGGCAGCCAUUUGUGACAUCCGAAUCCUGGGACGCUCCAAACAGGCCCCCCCUCAGUAUACCUUUAUAGGGGAGCUCAACAACAUGGGAAUCUGGUAUCGCAUGGGGAACGUACCUCGGACCCAGGAUUCAACGCAUACACCAACCACCAACAAUAUCCAGCAUGUGAAUUCCUCCUCCAGCUCAGCCCCAGCCCCAGCAGCUCCUAUGCCCAAGCAUAUUUCCAUGACCCUACCGGCUAGCUUCAGAGGGAAGAACACGACCAGACCAGAUUAUGAGCACCAGAACUCUAGCCUGUAUGCUAUCUCAGCAAUGGAUGGAGUGCCUUUCAUGAUAUCUGAGAAGUUUGCCUGUGCCUCGUCUGAUCUGCAGCAGGUGGAUCUGAUGAACAUCACGAUUAAGUCCCUGUCUGAGAUAGAGAAAGAGUAUGAUUACAGUUUCCGCACAGAGCACAGCGCAGCAGCUCGCCUCCCUCCCAGUCCAACAAGGACCUCUCUGAGCUCUGAGGCCUGACACCCCAUUACCACUCUCCCCUCCCGAUGACAGCAAGUGAGACCUGUACACAACUACUGACCUACCGACAGGAAACAGUUACAUCCCAACUGUCCAAAACGACUGAAGAAGAAAAAAAAGAUGAUUUCUGGGACGUGUUUUUUCUGUAUUAGUUGUGCUUUGAAAUGAAAAGGAAACUGAAAACACAAGGAGACGAGGCGAGCAUUGAGGGGCUUUGGCGGUGUGCCUGAGACAUCUAUAUAUAACAUUGAUGAGAUGGAUUUUAAAAUGGCCCAUUGGACCUUUUUGCAGAAGGAUAUUGAAAUUGAGAAUCUUAAAUGAUUUUAAAAUACAUUUUUCUAAAAAGAAUGGUGAAUUGUUUGUCCCAUGUAAUACAAAUAACCACAGCCCUCUUGAAGAUCCAAGGAUACUUUGCCGUGCUGGAUGGCACCUGUCUGGCCUUUACUGUCCAAAAUGGACUGAUUCAAAGCAGAUGGCAUGUUAGCCUUCCUUAGUCAAGGGUAGCCUGCUGCAUUCAGGAGGGUGACUCAUCCCAGCUCAUCUGUUGGAAAUAUAAAAGGAAACUUUGUGGGAUUUUUUUCAUGCUUGUACUGAUCUUCUUUGUAGGUAAUGAUCUUGUUCUUUAGAUGUUUCUGUGAUAUACUUGUGUAGCUGUGAGUGCACUUUGUGUUUGGAAAUUUCAGUGUGCUUCCUGUUUCCACAGAUACUAUGUAAACCACUCCUUUUCAGUCUCUACAUGAGCCGGCAACGUUGGCUGGAUAUAGAACCACUGUUAGUGUUUAAAAGUAAGAAACCAGGACACAGGUUACACUGCACUGUUAGUAGGAUUCUGUGAACCAUAUUUAAUGUAUUGUCUACUGUUGUUGCUGAAAAUGUUUCCAUAUCAGUGAUAAUUCAAUACCUAAGAUUUUUGCAGGUGACAAAACACUUUUUACCCAAUACCUUACUUUGAAUUAAUAUGAUUGUUUUAACAUUUGAACAUUUAAAAAACUAUAUAUGUAUUUUAUGGAACACUCUGUUUUAGCUUUAACACCCUCCUUAAAAUGUUCACACAAUGUCCUUCACACAGUCAUCUAUGUCCAAUUUGUAUACCAGCAGAAGAGCUGGGACCCAGCUACAUAGAUCUCUUAAUCUCUCUUUUCAAACUUAUAAUAAGAGUGCUAGAUGUAACUAAGUAGGGUUCUUUGAAUUCUGGAUUAAUCUGUCUAAUUGAUGUUUCAAUAGAGGACAAUCCUUCACAGCUGUUAAUACCUUUUUUUUUUUUUUAAAUUGCCAUCCUUUUCUUUACCAAAACACAUGAUCACAUUUUGUUCUUGACAGUUACUGAUGGACUGUGCCUUGGACACAAUUCAGUCAGCAACAAAGUAUUGAAGUCCGAAAGUUCUGUUAACCAUAUAUACAUUCCUCCCCAUUUUUCGUUACUUUUCUAAGAACAGUGUUAAAAAGACAACAUUUGGCAGUGUGGAUUUUACAACUGGUAGUCGAAAUAACAUCAUACGUGAUCAAGCAAAAGUGCUGUUCUUAUUCGAUUGAACCGGUUAGAUAAGAAAAAUCCGGUAGAUAUUUGUUUCAGUUUGUUUGAAACCUUUGUAAACUUCCUUGUGAUCUGAAUGAGCAAGAAUUAUUUUAGAAAUGUAUUUUUUUUUAACCCAUUUGACAUGUGAAGACCACUACCCACUCAGGACCACCAGAACUUAUUUCAAAUGAACCUGAAGGGACAAGUGCUUAUUCUGAGUGAAGACUGAACCAGACUUCAUUCUCACUUGUUCACAGUCAUUGUUAUCCCACAACACACGCACUGUAUAAUAGUAUUGGUGGAUCACAAGCUUCAUUUAUAAGUCUCUUCAACCUGCAGCUUUUUUAUAUGUUUAUCAUUUUAGUUUAAGGAGUCUUAUUUUCACAUCUGUCCUCUCUGGUGCUUCUGGUGACUGAGAAUAUUGACUUUUUCUAUUAAGAAGUUGCACAAGACUUUGUUUCUCAAAAGUAUCUUUGAAUUUAACCCCCAGUUGUUUUAAAUAGCUUUUAAGCUAUAGUCAGUGAAUCUAAACAUCACUUUAAAACUCCAGAGGUUUCAAUGUAUGACCUGUCAGUUGCUGAAUCAUCUCCAUCAAUCGGCAGGCUUUUAAUUUGUUCGAAAAAACAUCUGUGAUGAGCUAGAGCUGACUGUUACAUAUCAGCAUAAAAGUCCAUCUUGACCUUAAGUACUAUUGUUAAAAAACUAUCUCAUAAUCUAGUCAUGUGUUUAUUGAGGUAUUAAUCUUAAAUUCACUUCAUGUCUGUGUUUUUAGUGGCACUUUUUCUUUAUGGUAAUACAGUAUUGUACAAAGCAGCACCAAUGACUGGUGUUUCAUUUUUUUAUUUUUCUUUGUUCACUCCAUUUGUUACAUAAGACAGAUGUUUACAAGAAAAUACCUUUUUCCUUUUUUUUUUGCCACAAGUGUCUCUGCAAUAUUAUCCAUUCAUAAAAACAUGGAUUAGGUCCUUUUAUAUUUUGUUUGAUUAAUGUAUUAGUCAUUUCAGUGUUGUGAUAAUGUUUUCAGAAUUGUAACUAAUGCAAUAGGCAGUUCUGACAUGUUUGGAGGAAAAAAACAGCUCAUACCUACGUUUCAUUCUCUGUAUACGAGCUGGCUGCUCUGUGAUAAGCUACACAUGUCAAUUGUCAGCUGUGGUCUUAACUUCCAAUCAAUUCUGCAGAAACAUUUAAUAUCAAACUAAUAUGAUGUCUGCAAUUCUCUUUUGAUUAUGUCUGUUAGUUUGCAUGCAUGAAGUUUCAGUGACAGUUAUUUUUGAAAAGUUUUAAGUUAGAUUUUUGCCUCAAAUAGAUUUUAUUCGCUAUAGAAUGAACAAAACCGCAUCAGAUGCCUUUGUAUUAUAAGGAAGUUUUAUUAAACUGUGACAAACAUGUUGAAUUUUAUUUUUGGUCAGAUUGGUGAGGUCACACUGCUUCAAACCGGAGCAAGACUAAACUUGAGGUUUUUAUUAGGGCCCGAGCACCGAACAGAGUGAGACAGGGUGAGGUCCUAUUGAAAUUGUAAGGAUUAUUAUUUGAUUUUUUUUUCAGGCAUAUGAAUUGGCUUUUUAAGGACUUUAACAUGCUCUAAUUCUUACCAAAAUUUGCAGAAAAUUAGAAAGUGGUGAAAAUUUAUGUAUUCUGGAGGAAUUUUCAAUGGGCGUGGCAAAAUGGCACACAGUACCCCCCCGAGACCCCUGGAACGCGUUCACAUUGACCGAUCUUCACAAAAAUCAAUACAGAGGUGAAUCAUUCAUGACCAGACACAAAAAAACGCAACAGGAAGCCUGCUAUUUUGCAUUCAGUGGCCAUUUUGGCCAUAUUCCACAUUUUUACUUUAAGGUACUUGUUAAAUUUGAAACACAUUGUAUGUAUUUGAGCUUCACUGUGCAGUGUUAAAGACUAUAAUUUUUCCCCGCAUCUGCUGAAAUGUGAUUGCUAAUCUCUUACAUUUUACAGUGGGUAUGGAAUUAAAUUUUCACAAUGUCGAUGAUAUUCUCUAAAAAUACCAUUGUUGAGCUACUGUUAAAUUCAUGUGAUGGUGCCAGUUUGCCACAAUGAAAACUUGCACAGGUUAAAACUGUUUUCUUAUUGGAUCAAAUGUCUCCAUCCAUCAGCUACAUUUUUGACUCCAUCCAUUUAUAAAGUGGAAUUUCACACUUAGCUGAAAUAAAAUAUGACGAGCAGCUCUGUUACUAGAACAAUAAAUAAAAUAAGUUAUAAACUGUGUUUAUACUGUA